ACAGCCUUGUUUGUUUGAAUGCCCACCCCCAAAAACUUGAGCUAAGAACUUGCGCAAUUCAAAUAUCCUAUUAAACUUGUCCCCCUCUUCAUCGCUCACAUUCUUUCUUUAACAUUUUCCUUUCACUACCUCCGACUUUAUUAAAAAUUUUUUUUAAGGGUUAAUAAUCCUUUCCUAUCUUUUGUCUGUACCUAAUAUAAAAAAAAAAUAAAGUGCAUAUAAGUUAAAAUGUCCAAGGCUGCGUUUUUAAGAGAAUAUAAGCUUGUAGUCGUGGGCGGCGGUGGUGUAGGUAAAUCUGCCUUAACAAUCCAAUUCAUUCAGUCACACUUUGUUGACGAAUAUGAUCCUACCAUUGAAGACUCGUAUCGUAAACAAUGUGUGAUUGAUGAUGAGGUUGCUUUAUUGGAUGUAUUGGAUACUGCAGGACAAGAAGAAUAUAGUGCGAUGCGUGAACAAUAUAUGCGCACUGGCGAAGGUUUCCUUCUCGUAUAUUCAAUUGUUUCUCGUAAUUCAUUUGAAGAAAUCUCAACUUUUCAUCAACAAAUUCUUCGGGUAAAGGACAAGGAUUAUUUCCCUAUCAUUGUUGUCGCAAAUAAAUGUGAUUUAGAAAUGGAGAGACAAGUUUCAGGACAUGAGGGUCGGGAACUCGCAAAACAAUUUAAUUGUCGAUUCAUUGAAACAUCCGCCAAACAACGCGUUAAUGUAGAUGAAGCCUUUUAUAAUCUCGUUCGUGAAAUUCGACGAUACAAUAAAGAACAAUCGUAUGGGAGCCGACCUACAAAUGGGCUAGGAAGUAACGAAUAUACUGAUGGAACAACUAAUGAUGGUAGUUGUUGUUGUGUGGUCAUGUAAAAAAUUAAUAAAAAUAUACUAUAUUAUACCCAAAAAUUUAAAAGAAGACCUUUCCACUCAUAUAUAUAUAUUAUAUUAUAAUAAGUAACUUGCACUAUCAUUUCCUCAGAAAGAAUGGAUGAUGUACGUAGAUGUUGAUAGAUAAUAACCUUUUUUCUUAAUGUAUUUUUUUAUUAUUAUUAUUAUUAUUAUUUCAUUUUAUUUAGAACCAGAGAAAUUUUUAGCUC